AUGUUAAUAACAUACCAAAAAAAUAUAACAUCUAGUGCUGCACAUGGUACUCCUGAUAUGAUGGGCAAGAAAAAUGCCUACUUAAAAUUGAUGAAAGAUGCGAAUCCAGAAAUGAUUCUGGUGCAUUGUGUUAUUCAUUGGGAAAACUGGCUAUUUUAUGAAGAACAAAAUGCAGACCAUGUGAGACUUUUAAUUCACUCUGAAGUAAGAUGGCUCUUUAAAGGGAAUAGCUUGAAAAGAUUUAUGGAUCUUUUUGAUACUCUUAGUGAUUUUUUAAGCAACAAACCUGAAAUGAAGUAUCAGUUGACAGUGAAUGGUAAAGCAUCUGUGACUUAUUUAGCUGAUAUAUCUGAAAAACUAAACAUAUUAAAUAAGCAACUUCAAGGAGCAAAUAAAACUCUUGUUGAUGCAAGAGCGAAGAU